AUCAUGUUGGCUACUAUAAAUCUUGCCUUACCACCAAGCAGAGAACUGACACAGGAGACAAUUUGUAUGUGUCCAAUGAAGGUAAAGAAAACAUGUACCAGAAGUCAGAACUCAUUAGAGAUCAGAUCCUUCAAAGUGCAGAGAAUCCAUAUGAAUGCAGUGAGUAUGGAAAAACCUUUCACCAGCAAUUUUCUCUCAUUGGGCAUCAGAUAAUCCACACCAGGGAGAAAGCUUAUGAAUGUAACGAGUGUGGGAAAUGCUUUUCUCGUAAGCCCCAGCUCCUUGCACAUCAGAGAAUCCACACUGGAGAAAAACCUUGUAAAUGUAGUGUGUGUGGAAAAGCUUUUAUUCUUAAGUCAAACCUCAUUGCACAUCAGAGAAUCCACACUGGGGAAAAACCUUAUGAAUGUAGUGAGUGUGGAAAAGCUUUUAUUCGUAAGUCAAACCUCAUUGCACAUCAGAGAAUCCAUACUGGGGAAAAACCUUAUGAAUGUAGUGAGUGUGGAAAAGGCUUUUCUCAUAAGCUAUACCUCAUUAGACAUCAGAGAACCCAUACUGGGGAAAAACCUUAUGAAUGUCGUGUGUGUGGAAAAGGCUUUUCUCAUAAGCUAUACCUCAUUAGACAUCAGAGAACCCAUACUGGGGAAAAACCUUAUGAAUGUCGUGUGUGUGGAAAAGUUUUUGUUCAGAAGUCACACCUCAUUAGGCAUCAGAGAAUCCACACAGGGGGAAAACCUUAUGAAUGUAGUGUGUGUGGAAAAGUUUUUGUUCAGAAGUCACACCUCAUUAGGCAUCAGAGAAUCCACACAGGAGGAAAACCUUAUGAAUGUAGUGAGUGUGGAAAAGCUUUUAUUCGUAAGUCAAACCUCAUUAGGCAUCAGAGAAUCCACACUGGGGAAAAACCUUAUGAGUGUAGUGAGUGUGGGAAAGGCUUUGCUCAUAAGCUAUACCUCACUAGACAUCAGCGAAUCCAUACUGGGGAAAAACCUUAUGAAUGUAGUGUGUGUAGAAAAGCUUUUGUUCAUAAGCCACACCUCAUUAGGCAUCAGAGAACCCACACAGGGGAAAAACCUUAUGAAUGUAGUGAGUGUGAAAAAGCUUUUUCUGAUAAGUCACAGCUCUUUAGACAUCAGAGAAUCCACACUGGGGACAAACCUUAUGAAUGUAGUGAGUGUGGAAAAGCUUUUAUUCGUAAGUCAAACCUCAUUGCACAUCAGAGAAUCCACACUGGGGAAAAACCUUAUGAAUGUAGUGAGUGUGGGAAAAUGUUUUCUGUUCAGGCAAACUUUAGAUCACAUCAGAGAAUCCACACUGGGGAAAAACCUUAUGAAUGCAGUGAUUGUGGAAAAGGCUUUCCUUGUAAGGCACACCUCAUUAGACAUCAGAGAAUGCACACAGGGGAAAAACCCUAUGCAUGCAGUGAAUGUGGAAAAGCUUUUUCUUAUAAGUCAAACUUUAGAUCACACCAGAGAGUCCACACAGGGGAAAAACCUUAUGAAUGCAGUGAGUGUGAAAAAGCUUUUAUUCGUAAGUCACACCUCAUUAGUCAUCAGAGGAAGCACACAACGGAAAAACCUUAUGAAUGUAGUGAGUGUGGAAAAACAUUUUCUGGUUUUACUCAGAAGUCAAAUCUUAUCAGGCAUCAGAGGGUACACCCAGGGGAGAAACCUUAUGAAUGUGAGGUGUAUUUUAAAGCCUUUACUUACCAGACAGGUCUCUCAACAUCAGAGAAUCCAUACAGGAUAAGAACCUCAUGAAUGUAAUGAGUGGAAAUCCCUGUUGCAAGAGGUUAAGUUUCAUUAAACAGGAUUCACAUGG